AUGGAUGCCGCGCCCUUCUCCAAGAUCGUCCGCUUUGAAGCCAGCUGCGCCAACCCAACGGCAUGCUAUGACAUUUACCGGUUUGGGGGAUGUGUUGCGCCCGGUGCACUUGGUGCAGCCACAGACCGGGUGUACUGGGGAGUAGUGACCCCGGACCGUGAUCGCCCAACCGUUCGUUGGAGGGAGCAGGAUCCUUCACCAGUUCCUUUAGCAGGACACACUGUGGUGGUGGCUGACCCAACCUCUGCAAUUGUUCUUGGUGGCCAGAGCUCCUGUUCUGAAGAUGCUACCUACCUGGACUUGACUUUUUUGUGGAGGAGGGCAGACGCAGGAUGGGUUAGCUUGCCUGCCAUCCCAGAGCCUUGCGGUCUGUCCUUUCACACCGCGAACUAUUUCAACGAUGCCGGCAACGUUGGGAUGGUGGUCUUGGGUGGUCGUCGUGGAACAUCUGGGAGCGCCUGCAGCGAUCCGACGGCUCCAAGAGUUUCGAACAAGGCAUGGUGGUUCGACCUUAACGGAUAUGUUUGGACGGAGAAAGAGACGGAAGGAUGGCUUGGUGUAUGGGGGCACGCGAGCGCCGUAGUGAAUCCAACUGCGGCUGGGCCUAAUCGGCUGUUUGUCCAUGGUGGCCGCACGGAGGAUGGAUGGUUAAGUCGUGUCUUGCGCUACUCUCCUCUUGCUGGCAUCUCGACACCCGGCACACCGUUAUCGCUGGAAUUGCUGUCAGACACAAGCCCCGAGCGGAUGUUUCACACUAUGCUGCCUUUCGGAUUCGCAUCAGGGACCAGAUUCCAACCAGGGACCAGUUUAAAGUUGGCGGGAGGGGCGCGUCCACGAAAAGAUGUGUGGAAGCCUGACGAAACUUACCGCGCCACGUACACCGCCUUCACUACCAAGCAGACUUCCACGGGGAAGGUGUUGUGGAAUGGUGGUGCUUUUGACUAUCCCGGAACAACUGGUGUGUGGGGACAAGCAGGGUUGUCGUACAGUACCAGCGCCGGGUACUACGUGUUCAUGAUACUUGGAGGUUGCAUUGGAGAAUUCUGCGGCCUCACCAAUGCCCUCUAUUUGUACCGAAAUGCGUGUCAAGCCGCUCUAGUGACUCUAGUGACUCCAGUGCUUUUGUCACUGCUUGGCGCCUUUGCUUUGACGUAG